GCCGCCUCCUCCACCUCCUCCUCGGGGCCAUUAAAGCCAAUGAGCCGCGCGCCUCUGCCCAGCGCAGCCAACUAAAUCGGUUUGGAUGAUUCGCGACCUGGGCAAGAUGUACCCGCAGACCAGACACCCGGCACCGCAUCAGCCUGCUCAACCCUUUAAAUUUACAAUUUCCGAGUCCUGUGAUCGGAUUAAGGAAGAGUUUCAGUUUUUACAGGCUCAGUACCACAGCCUGAAGCUGGAAUGUGAGAAACUCGCCAGUGAGAAGACCGAGAUGCAGCGGCAUUAUGUCAUGUAUUAUGAGAUGUCCUAUGGGUUGAAUAUAGAAAUGCACAAGCAGGCAGAGAUUGUCAAGAGGCUGAAUGCUAUCUGUGCGCAAGUCAUUCCCUUCCUGUCCCAAGAGCAACAACUCCAGGCCCAGCAUUUAUCACAUGGACAUGGUCUGCCGGUGCCUCUGACCCCACACCCUUCCGGGCUUCAGCCCCCUGCCAUUCCUCCCAUCGGGAGCAGUGCUGGCCUUCUGGCCCUCUCCAGUGCCCUGGGAGGCCAGUCCCACCUGCCAAUUAAAGAUGAGAAGAAGCACCGUGACAAUGAUCACCAAAGAGACAGAGACUCCAUCAAGAGCUCUUCGGUAUCCCCGUCUGCCAGUUUCCGAGGUGCCGAGAAGCACAGAAACUCCACAGACUACUCCUCUGAUAGCAAAAAGCAGAAAACUGAAGAAAAGGAAAUUGCAGCUCGCUAUGACAGCGAUGGUGAGAAGAGUGACGACAAUUUGGUGGUUGACGUUUCCAACGAGGAUCCGUCUUCCCCUCGAGGGAGCCCAGCACACUCCCCGAGAGAGAAUGGCCUGGACAAGACGCGCCUGCUCAAGAAAGAUGCCCCCAUCAGUCCAGCCUCUAUUGCGUCCUCCAGCAGCACUCCUUCCUCCAAAUCCAAAGAACUUAGCCUUAAUGAAAAAUCUACUACUCCUGUUUCAAAGUCCAAUACCCCUACUCCACGAACCGAUGCACCCACCCCAGGCAGUAAUUCCACUCCUGGACUGAGGCCUGUGCCUGGAAAACCACCAGGAGUCGACCCCUUGGCCUCAAGCCUCAGGAUCCCGAUGGCAGUCCCUUGUCCAUACCCAACCCCGUUCGGGAUUGUGCCCCACGCUGGGAUGAACGGGGAGCUGACCAGCCCCGGCGCUGCCUACGCGGGGCUGCACAACAUUUCACCGCAGAUGAGCGCAGCCGCUGCUGCCGCCGCCGCCGCUGCCUACGGGAGAUCACCGGUGGUUGGAUUUGAUCCACACUAUCACAUGCGCGUACCAGCCAUACCUCCGAACCUGACAGGCAUUCCAGGAGGAAAACCAGCGUACUCCUUCCACGUCACCGCGGACGGCCAGAUGCAGCCUGUCCCUUUCCCCCCCGACGCCCUCAUCGGACCCGGAAUCCCCCGGCACGCGCGCCAGAUCAACACCCUGAACCACGGGGAGGUGGUGUGCGCGGUGACCAUCAGCAACGCCACGAGACACGUGUACACGGGCAGCAAGGGCUGCGUCAAGGUCUGGGACAUCAGCCACCCCGGCAACAAGAGCCCCGUCUCUCAGCUCGACUGUCUGAACAGGGAUAACUACAUCCGUUCCUGCCGAUUGCUCCCUGACGGUCGCACCCUCAUCGUGGGAGGGGAGGCCAGCACUCUGUCCAUCUGGGACCUGGCGGCUCCGACCCCACGCAUCAAGGCAGAGCUGACGUCUUCGGCCCCUGCGUGCUACACUCUGGCCAUCAGCCCCGACUCCAAGGUCUGCUUCUUGUGCUGCAGUGACGGUAACAUCGCCGUCUGGGACCUGCACAACCAGACGCUGGUGAGGCAAUUCCAGGGCCACACAGACGGGGCCAGCUGUAUUGAUAUUUCUAACGAGGGCACCAAGCUCUGGACGGGCCGCCUGGACAACACGGUCAGGUCCUGGGACCUGUGUGAGGGGCGGCAGCUGCAGCAGCAUGACUUCACCUCACAGAUCUUUUCUCUGGGCUACUGCCCAACCGGAGAGUGGCUGGCUGUGGGGAUGGAGAACAGUAACGUGGAAGUGCUGCACGUCACCAAGCCAGACAAAUACCAGCUGCAUCUCCACGAGAGCUGCGUCCUGUCGCUCAGGUUUGCCCAUUGUGGCAAAUGGUUUGUAAGCACUGGAAAGGACAACCUUCUGAAUGCCUGGAGAACACCUUAUGGGGCCAAUAUAUUCCAGUCCAAAGAAUCCUCAUCGGUGCUUAGCUGUGACAUCUCUGUGGAUGACAAAUACAUUGUCACUGGCUCUGGGGAUAAGAAGGCCACGGUUUAUGAAGUUAUUUAUUAAGGACAAAUCUUCAUGCGAACUGGACCCCUUCUCCUUGUAGCACUUUGUUCUAUCAUCCUCUUCCCCCCGCAUCUAAAACCAAGGAUUUCAGAUACUCAUUGCAGUUGUGGAGUUUAAUCCCAUCUCUUACCCCCACUUCCUCCCUUGCUAUUGAAUUGUGAAUGCUCAUUAAGAACCUGUGAUACCAAAUCUUCAGCGCUCUACUUGGAAGAACAUGGAAUUACCAUACUUAACAGUGACGGAAUCUUUAAUUAUGUAUUAUAUCUGUAAUAUAUUUAUUUUGUUUAAAGAAGGCUUUCUAACUUUGACUGAAUAAAGCUGUCUGCU